AACAUUUCAAAUGUUUCUAUUUAGAUAUUUACACAGUGGUUUAUUUGUUUAUGUUUUUGAAGGAGAGAAGAUGAUAAGCUGUCUGAAGGUGAUAGGGAACUUAAUUGAAAGUGGAGUGGUAGAUUUGAGGAUACGUUGUUUGAAUUGUGUAGGAACUCUUCUUCACAUUGAGUUUGAAGAAGCUACAAUAGAUAUAUUAGACAUCACAGAGCGUUGGUAUAACACUCUUAGCAGGGAUCCUAUGCAUAUGUUUUUGGGUAUCUGUAAACAGCCAUUUCAAGAUCUUCGAUGUAAUGCGCAAAAAGUCAUACAGACAAUGGCCAGUCAGAAAUGGGGACAAAAUGAACUUGCAAGAUAUCCAGGCUUUGUAGAGUACUUACUAAACCGCUCAACAGAGCAUGAUAAAGAAGGCAGAGAAUCGAAGUUUAUGAUUGUUAAGACUCUAGUUGAAUCCCCCACCUCCCAAGAAAUCUUUGGAAAUGAAACUUUUCUUAAGCUUAGACGUUACUUUCAAGAAGGUCCAUUUUUCAUGGAAGCAGAGUCAUCAGUGGUCUUUGAAAGAUCUUCUUGAAUUAGAAACUCUUAAGCAUUAAAAAAAAAGAAUACAUCAGCAGCCCAGGACUUUACUGUUACAUUAUGAAUAACCUGUUUGAAUAUUAAGGUUUUUUUUUGCUGGAUCCAUUGUGUAGAGUUUUUGUUAUUAAAAGCAUAUAGUAUAUCCAAUCAAUUGAAAUUUUUUAAAUGAAAACAUAAGUGAAAAUAGCAGAGGCAUUACAUUGUAACACUCUUUUUUUGUGAAUAAAUUGAUAAAAAACAGAAAAAAGUUUAAUCAAAAUCAAUUGUUAUCUUUAAAAGGUGGAGCAAAGUAAACUGUAUAAUUCUAAAUAAAUCUUACAAGUUAGAAUUUCAAUGGCAUCAAAAUUACUGUUCAACUGUAUUUAUUGAUAAAAGAUCUUUGCAACAUAAUAAAAACAAAUAUUUAAUUUUA